AUGUCUGAAACAAAGGAUGCAGUCCCCGCAACUAAUGCCUCUUGCAGUCAAGAAACAGGGGCUGCCGGUUCUCCGUCCGAUGAUGACACUAUCGAUGUGGCGGGAAAGAAAGAGCCAGAAGCAACACAAGCACCGCCUGCUGGUCCUCCUGCGGUCAAGUACCCGGAUCCUCUACUAGGGGCCGUGCUCACGGUUGCAUUGCUCCUGGCAAUGUUUCUUGUCGCCUUGGACAUGAGCAUUAUCACCACUGCGAUCCCUACUAUCACCAAAAGGUUCCACAGUCUCGACCAAGAAGGUUGGUACGGCUCUGCGUUCUUCUUAUGUCUGGCCACCUUCCAGGCCUUCUGGGGGAAAGCGUACAAGUUCUUCCCCCUCAAAACCGCCUUUCUCACGGCCGUUGGGGUCUUCGAGCUCGGGAGUCUGAUUGCCGCCCUCGCGCCCAACAGCCCAGCCCUCAUUGUGGGUCGAGCCAUCCAGGGUGUGGGUGGUGCGGGCGUGACCGGCGGUGUUUAUACCAUCCUUGCCUUUAUCACGAGGCCUAAAUACCUACACGCCGUCUUUGGCGUCACCAGCGCGGUCUGGAGUGUGUCUUCCGUGCUCGGUCCAAUCCUGAGUGGGGUCUUCACGCAGUAUGUGACGUGGAGAUGGUGUUUCUGGGUCAACCUGCCCAUUGGCGGCGCCGCCUCGAUUAUUCUCCUGCUUCUGUUGAAGACUCCCCCUCACUCACGCGUGGCCCACACCACAAUUGACAAGAUCCCCACUCUGUUCGACUUUCCAGGAAUGGUGGUCCUUGUGGGUGGAAUGGUGUGUCUUCUUCUCGCCCUCGAGGACGGUGGUGUCAAACAUCCCUGGCACAGCAGUGUCCCGAUCGGAUUGCUCGUCGGGUUCGGGCUCCUCAUGAUCGUGUUUGUCCUGGUGGAAUGGAAGCAGGGCGAAGGGGCCAUGGUCGUCCCCCGCAUCAUCAAACGCCGAAGCAUUCUCGUCCUCGCCCUAUUCAACCUGACCGCGCAGGGGUCCGGAUUCGCGCGGGUCUACAAUCUGCCCAUCUUUUUCCAGGCCGGUCAAGGCCAGUCGCCGUCCGAGUCGGGUAUUCGCACACUGCCCACCGUGCUAACCACUUCCAUCUUUAGUUUCGUCGGAUCCAUCCUCCUUGGGAAGGUCGGCUUCUAUCAGCCCUUCCUCAUGCUAGGGGCCAUGUUCGUCACGGUUGGGACCGGACUGAUCUACACCAUGGGCCCGGCUGCCACGGCAGGCCAAUACAUCGGCUACCAGGUGCUGGCCGCUAUCGGCUCCGGACUCGUUAUCCAGCUCAAUGUCAUCGUGGCCCAGGCAAUCACUCCGCGCGUGGACAUGUCCAUCACGCUGGCGACUGUCCUUUUCUUCCAAUUCAUCGGCGGCACGGUCGGAGUCUCAGCCGCUACUAACAUCAUGAACAACGUCCUCAUCAACACGCUGACCAAGGAGAGCCCCAACAUCUCUGUCGCGGACGUCCUGGCCGCUGGUUCCACGGGGUUAUCGCGUGCGUUCCCUCGCCAGGAGGAUUUCGACGUGGUGGUGCAUGCGUACAUGAACGGGAUCAAGGCCGGAUGGAUCUGGUGUGUUGCACUGGCGGGGUUGGCAUUCUUGGUCUCCUUUGGCGCUGAGUGGAAGAGUGUGCGGCCGGAAGAUGUGAAGAAGAGACGCGAGCAAAAAGCGGCGGCUGCGUCCGCGAGUCCUUGA